AGUCUCAAACUUUUGAUCUGUUAUUCAACUUUCUCAACAUCCCCUCAAAAAAUGGAAGGUGGGUCUGAAAAAACAACACCUGAAGGUGGUGAGAGUAAGUCUAAACGAAAAAUGAAAACUGCUGCUCAACUUGAAGUUCUUGAAAACACUUAUGCAGCUGAGCCUUAUCCUUCGGAAGCUAUAAGAGCGGAUCUUUCAGUGAAACUGAAUCUUUCCGAUAGACAGUUACAGAUGUGGUUUUGUCACCGGCGGCUUAAAGACCGGAAAUCUACUACGCCGAGUAAACGUCAGCGUAAGGAGUUGGUAACACCAACGGCUGUGGAAUCCUUGAAACCAGCCGUCAAUGUAGGUGAUUUGGUGGCGGGAAAUGAGCUUGAUUCUAGAAGAGCUGCUCGAGGAGGCGGUGGUAGUGGUGGUGGUGUGACGGUUGUUAGGCGGUUUAAUGAACCGUCUUCUGCUGAGGUUAGAGCUAUUGGUUAUGUGGAAGCUCAAUUGGGAGAGCGGUUGAGAGAUAACGGACCGAUUCUUGGAAUGGAGUUUGAUCCUUUACCUCCUGGUGCAUUUGGGAUGCCUAUUGAGAUGCCAAGCCAUCGAAAGGCGACGAGGCAAGCGUUUGAGACCAACAUAUAUGUUCGAUCCGAUGUAAAGCCUAUCAAAGAUCAUGUGAGGCCCAUUCGUGAAUAUCAGUUCAUUCCCGAGCUGCCAUCUUCAAGGACUGAUCAUUCCGAAAGAGUUUCUCCGUCACAUCAUUUUGGAGUUCCACUUGAUGGUUCGGUUAUGAGGGCUUCAGCUGUGUCUGCUGGACAUCGGGAUGACUAUAAAAUUUCACCUCAGAUACCAAAUUUGAAUCUUGCAACUCAUCAAGGGAAGUCGGGGCAUGUCUAUUCGCCUAACUUGGCCGAAUAUGACUCACCGUAUCAGAAAAGCUACGUGGAUACUGCUGCACAUGGAAACUUAAAUGAUCACCCGAUUCAUGAGGAUCCUUUUGUGAAAUCUGAGAGAGUUGUUGGUAAUGAGGAUGAGGAUGAUGAUGCCCUGCAGUUAGAGAGACAACGCAAGAAUGAAGAAGCAAGAAUAGCUCGGGAAGUUGAGGCUCACGAGAAGAGAAUCCGAAGAGAACUAGAGAAACAAGAUAUGCUGAGGCGAAAGAGAGAGGAGCAAAUAAGGAAAGAAAUGGAGAGGCAAGAUCGUGAAAGACGGAAAGAGGAAGAACGUCUUUUACGUGAAAAGCAGAGAGAGGAAGAGAGGUACCUGAAAGAGCAGAUGCGAGAGUUGCAGCGAAGAGAAAAGUUUUUGAAGAAAGAAACAAUCAGGGCUGAGAAAAUGCGACAAAAAGAAGAGAUGCGUAAAGAAAAAGAGGUUGCAAGGCUUAAAGCUGCUAAUGAGAGGGCCAUUGCUCGUAAGAUCGCAAAGGAAUCUAUGGAACUUAUUGAAGAUGAACGUUUAGAACUCAUGGAGGUUGCUGCGUUAACCAAAGGAUUGCCUUCAAUGCUCGCUCUUGACUUUGAAACUCUACAGAACCUCGAUGAAUAUAGAGACAAGCAGGCGCUAUUUCCCCCAACAUCUGUAAAAUUGAAAAAGCCCUUUGCAGUCAAGCCAUGGAAUGGUUCUGAUGCGAAUGUUGCAAAUCUUCUAAUGGUGUGGAGAUUCUUAAUCACUUUUGCGGAUGUUCUUGGUCUUUGGCCAUUUACCCUAGACGAGUUUGCGCAAGCAUUCCAUGACUAUGACCCACGGCUAAUGGGAGAGAUACACAUUGUUCUUUUGAAGACUAUAAUCAAAGAUAUAGAGGGUGUUGCAAGAACGCUAUUGACCGGUGUUGGAGCAAACCAGAAUACUGCUUCUAAUCCCGGAGGGGGUCAUCCUCAUGUUGUGGAGGGUGCAUAUGCGUGGGGUUUUGAUAUACGCAGCUGGAGACGAAACUUGAAUGUUUUUACAUGGCCUGAAAUCUUGAGGCAACUUGCUCUCUCUGCCGGAUUGGGACCGCAACUGAAGAAAAUGAACAUUAAGACUUUGUCUGUUCAUGAUGACAAUGAGGCCAACAACUCUGAGAAUGUGAUAUUCAACCUAAGGAAAGGAGUAGCAGCGGAGAAUGCUUUUGCCAAGAUGCAAGAAAGGGGACUUUCUAAUCCGCGACGUUCACGGCAUCGUUUGACUCCAGGCACUGUUAAGUUUGCUGCAUUUCAUGUUCUAUCUCUUGAGGGUGAAAAAGGUUUGACCAUUCUUGACGUUGCAGAGAAGAUUCAGAAAUCAGGAUUGAGGGAUCUAACGACGAGUAGGACACCUGAAGCCUCGGUUGCUGCUGCGUUGUCUCGGGAUACAAAACUCUUUGAAAGGGUAGCUCCUUCUACGUACUGUGUGCGUGCUUCCUAUAGAAAAGAUGCAGGUGAUGCUGAGACUAUAUUUGCUGAAGCGAGAGAGAGAAUACGCGCAUUCAAGAGCGGCGUCACUGAUGUAGAAGAUGUUGAUGACGUUGAGAGAGAUGAAGACUCCGAAAGUGAUGUCGGAGAUGACCCAGAUGUUGAUUUGAACCUUAAAAAGGAAGAUCCCAAUGCUCUGAAGAUAGAAAACUUAAUCGGAGUCGAACCAGUGUUGGAAAAUGGGAAACUGGAUUCCUUGCCCAUGAAAACUGAACUGGGACUGCCUCUUACUCCCUCUCUCCUCGAGGAUAUGAAAGAUGAAAAAAGAGAUGACAUUUUAGUGGACCAAUCUCUAGAGGAUGCAGUAGCAAACGGUGAGGACAGUGCUUGUUUUGAUGAGAGCAAACUUGGGGAACAGUGGGUUCAAGGACUCGUGGAAGGAGAUUACUCGAAUCUCAGCAGCGAGGAACGUUUAAACGCACUUGUUGCUCUGAUUGGUAUUGCCAUCGAAGGAAACACAAUCCGAAUCGCCCUUGAGGAACGGUUGGAAGUUGCAAGUGCCUUAAAGAAACAGAUGUGGGGUGAAGUGCAACUCGACAAACGCUGGAAAGAAGAGUCUUUGAUUCGAGCAAAUUACCUUUCAUACCCAACAGCAAAGCCGGGGCUAAAUAUCGCAACCCCUGCAUCUGGAAAUCAAGAAAGUUCCUCAGCAGAUGUUACUCCAAUCUCCUCACAGGAUCCGUUGAGUCUUCCACAGAUCGACGUGAAUAACGUGAUCGCAGGACCAAGCUUGCAAUUGCAAGAAAAUGUACCUGGAAUGGAGAAUUUGCAGUAUCAGCAGCAACAGGGCUACACAGCGGACCGGGAAAGGCUGCGUGCACAGUUAAAAGCGUAUGUUGGGUAUAAAGCUGAAGAGCUAUAUGUAUAUAGGUCGCUUCCGCUAGGUCAAGAUCGAAGACGCAAUCGCUAUUGGCGGUUUUCAGCAUCCGCCUCUCGAAAUGAUCCUGGCUGUGGUAGAAUAUUCGUGGAACUUCAGGACGGCCGAUGGAGGCUCAUUGAUUCCGAAGAGGGCUUUGAUUAUUUGGUGAAGUCACUAGAUGUGCGCGGUGUACGAGAAUCACAUUUACACUUUAUGUUGCUGAAGAUCGAAGCAUCUUUCAAGGAAGCAGUGAGGAGGAAUGUGGAAGCAAAUCCUGGGUUGUGUUCCAUAUCUUCUAGCUUGGACUUCGAUACUGACGAGAUCUCCACAACGUUUAAGAUCGAGCUAGGGGAUAGUAACGGGAUUGAGAGAUCCAGCUUAUUGCAACGGUUCCAGAGUUUCGAGAAGUGGAUGUGGGAUAAUAUGCUGCAUCCGGGUGCGUUAUCCGCAUUUAAGUAUGGUGCUAAGCAAAGCAGUCCGCUUUUUCGCAUAUGCAGAAUCUGUGCAGGACUACACUUUGUCGGUGAUAUUUGCUGUCCUAGUUGCGGUCAGAUGCAUGCUGGUCCGGAUGUUGGUGAGUUGUGUUUUGCUGAGCAAGUGUCUCAACUUGGGGAUAUUUUGAGAGGAGGAGAUAUUGGCUCUAUCUUGCGUAGCUCAAUCUCGUCUCCUCUUAGAAUAAGACUACUCAAGGUUCAGUUAGCACUUGUCGAAGCUUCUCUUCCACCUGAAGGACUUGAAGCUUUUUGGACAGAGAAUCUUAGGAAAUCUUGGGGUAUGAAGCUGUUGUCAUCAAGUUCCCCUGAAGAACUUAAUCAGGUUCUCACAACGUUAGAGACUGCACUAAAGAGAGAUUUCCUUUCUUCAAACUUUGAAACAACUUCUGAACUCUUGGGUUUACAAGAAGAAGCUCUUGCCAGCGAUUUCACUUGUGGGGUUAAUGUACUUCCGUGGAUACCGAAGACAACAGGAGGUGUAGCUUUGAGGCUCUUUGAAUUCGACAGCUCGAUUGUUUACACACCUGAUCAAAACAACGAUCCUCUAAAAGACAAAGAAUCUGAAAAUUUUGUCGGUUUGGAGACAAAUUUUCCAAGAAAUGUUCAAGAGAAGGACGUAAUGGAGACUCCGGUGCAAGUUGCUUACACGCAAGAAGAGAACUGGACGGAUCCUGGUUUAGGUGGUGUGUCUAGCUCUGGGCGAGGAGGUCGACCACCACGAGGUCGUGGCCGGCCUCGUUCCCGUGGCAAUGGCAAGAAACCGGCAGUUUCUGGUAGACCACCACGAGGUGCAGCAAACUCAAAUGGCGAAACCAUGUUGAGACCGAGAGCACAACCACGAAAGAACGGGCGGCGUAGCGGCACCAAAGGCCGGAAGAGACCAACGAAAGGAACACUUGGUAUAUCUAAUGAAGUAGGAGGUGGAAGUCGGGCAAAGGAAGUUGCUGUAACCGCCAAAACCAGUCUUCCUGAUAACGACGACGAUUGGAUCGAUACUCCUGAACUGCAAGACGAUGACGGAGAAGCUAGCAGCUCAGGGAGAUCGUUUCAGUAUGAGGACUAUGAUGAUGAUGUCAUGGCUCCGAUUGAUGAUUUUGAUGGCGGCGGUGAAUCAAGUAAAUUAGUAGGUAGGGGUGAAUUUAGCUUACAUAGUGAUGAUGAAUACGAAGAAGAAGAAGAAGACAUGAACUUGAAAAUGGAUGUGAAUGUUGUUGAUGAUGAAGAUGAAGAUUACAUAAAUGAUGACUCGUAUGGUAGAGAGCAGCCGGUGAUUAGCAACGACGCGGCUGCUCGAAAAAGGUUCAAGUUUGAAGAUCCUGAUCUAACAUCUUCAUCGUCUUCUGAUUUUCAGUGACUGAUAUUAGACAGAAACUACGAAGGCUUUUUUUUUAUUCUUCAAAAUGAAUGAAUUUCUUUAGU